UCACCCAAAUGCUUGUCUAAACAAGGUUGCGGGCCGGAGCGUGACCUCCCACCUUCCCCUUUGAUAAUGCAGCGUACCUAGGUAAGCUUACCGGUGACAAGCAUUGUCAAGCAACGUCAAGCAAUGCCACCCCUGAUUUCUGCAGCGGACGGAUCUGACAUGACCUGCAGCCUACACGACGAUGGACGCAUCCAUUUCAGGGUCUGCCCACCCCCAAGUCGUUCUCUCUUUACGAUGUGAUAGCCUUUUCGAAAGAGCCCGAGAUUACUUACCAGGAAUACACAUCAUGGUUCUUAAAGCCGAGACGAAAGACGGAAUGGUAUCCGGAAAUAUCGACAUGGAAGCUUAGAAUAACAUCCUACUUGACCCCAUCGUUCGAAGUGAUCAUUCAUUCAAAGCGGCAUCCUCUCAUUGUGCCGGUCUUUUGUAUGACAAAAUGGUCGUCCUAUCUACCAAACACUUCCUGCUGGGAGCAGUACUCUGUUUUGUGGCCAGAGCAUCUCCCAUCGAGUCUCUCUCUACCAAUCCGAAUUUCUCUUUACUCCCUCGUGCUCUUCCCAUCGGGACAUGCAAUCCAACAACACCAUGUCCGAAUGGAGCUUGUUGUGGGAGUAAUGGGCUGUGCGGGUACUCCCCAGCCGAGUGCGGCACAGGAUGUCUAUUCAACUGUGAUGCGAAAGCUGCGUGCGGGCAAUUCGGUACUCCCGGAAAGCAAAACUGUCCUCUGAACGUCUGCUGUUCUAAAUUUGGAUUCUGUGGAAGCACCUCUGAUUUUUGCAACACCGGUUGUCAAGCGGGCUUUGGAUCUUGUGGCAACGCUCCACAGCCCUCUUGUUCAAGCUCAGGUGUGUCUAAGCGUACUGUAGGGUACUAUGAGUCCUGGUCCUCUACUAGAAAGUGUCAAAGUGUGCCUCCGGAGGACCUUAAUCUUGCUGGCUUCACGCACGUGAAUUUUGCUUUCGCCUUUUUCGAUCCAGCAACGUUUCAAGUUGCGCCUAUGGAUUCCAACUCGGCUACACUUUAUCAUCGCUUCACUGCAUUGAAGGAUAAGUACAGCGGUUUGCAGACGUGGAUUUCCAUUGGUGGCUGGUCGUUUACGGAUCCUGGACCGACAAGACAGUCUUUCUCUGUUAUGGCUAGUACAGCUGGGAACCGUAAGAAGUUCAUCGACGGCGCCUUGUCCUUCAUGAAUACUUAUGGGUUCGAUGGCGUGGAUCUUGAUUGGGAAUAUCCCGGUGCAGAUGAUCGUGGUGGUGUACCAGCAGAUACUGCGAACUUCGUGCUACUUGUGAAGGAGAUGAAGCAAAGUUUUGGCUCCAAAGGAUUGACUGUCACUUUGCCAACCAGCUUUUGGUACUUGCAGCAUUUCGACGUCAAUGCAAUGCAAGAAUAUGUGGACUGGUACAAUCUCAUGUCUUAUGACCUUCACGGAACGUGGGACGCUGAUUCGCAGUUCCUCGGACCAUAUAUUGCGCCUCAUACCAACUUGUCAGAAAUCGAUUUGGGACUCGGACUCCUGUGGCGAGCAGGUGUGGCUGCUUCCAAAGUCGUGCUUGGGCAAGGAUGGUACGGACGCUCUUUCACAUUGAAGGAUUCGUCCUGUAACACACCAAAUGGAGUCUGCCAAUUCUCCGGUGGAGCCAAUGCUGGGCCUUGUUCUGGAACUGCUGGUAUUCUCGAUCUCCAAGAGAUAUCAGAUAUCAUUACCAAAAACAAUCUCAAGCCCGUCUGGGAUAAGACUGCGGGGGUUAAAUGGAUAACUUGGGCCAGCAACCAGUGGGUGUCAUACGAUGACGAUGAUACUUUUGCACAAAAGAAGGAUUUUGCCAACAAACGGUGUCUUGGCGGGAUGAUGGUAUGGGCCAUCGAUCAGAAAGAACAAUCUUCAUCCGGGAACAACUUAGCCGCUGGUGUUACUUCGAGUCAACAAGAUAGUGCCAAGCAGGCGUCCGCGGACCAGGCAGCUAAGUUGUCGUGCUACACUACCGACUGCAAUAAAUCAUGCAAGAAAGGCACAAAUAAGGUUACCCAGAUGAAUGGACAGCCUGGACAGUUGUCUACAGAAGGCCGCUGUUCUAAGGGACAGUACCGAACUCUGUGUUGUAACGACGGGACCACGACUGGCACAUGUCAAUGGCGCGGAUAUCGUGGUGUUGGGCUAUCAUGUAUCUCAGGGUGUGCGGACGGCGAAUCUGAGCUCGUCACUGAUACGAACAAUCAUGGCAAGAGUGACCAAACAUGUAACGGUGGCUUACAAUCGUACUGUUGUAGCGGUUUCAAAGCACCUCCGACUAAAUCGGAUCUUUUGCAAAAAGCUGCCGAUGCUGCAAAAGACGCGGCUGAGUCAGCGGCGGAGCAGUUGGCACUGGAUAUUGCCGCCAAAGCCUUUUGUCGAAUUGCAGUUCCCGCACUUCUUGCGCCCCUGGAACUCAUUGAAGAUCUUAUCCCCUUCGUUGGCUGGAUAGCAAGUGCUGCGGAGAUUGCUGCAACUCCAGCACUGAUCACUCUUUGCACCAAGGAAAUCGAAAAAGCAGGAAAAGCAGAGUUCAAGGUUUUCGGCAAGAAGCAGACCCUCACCCUGGACAAGAAGAAAGAACCGGUUUCGACAAGGCCGCCAUCAUCCAACCAUAGUCCGAUGCCAACGAGCUCUGCCCAGUGCAAACGAGCUGAUGGGGAUAAUUGUGGUAGACCGCAACGUAAUGGCCCUGACUUAUAUGAGAGUAUCGACUCAACGACGCUUUAUCCAGCUGCGAUUACAUCGACCUGCCAUGGCAAUGGUGUCCAACCCGGAGGUGUCAAACCUUGGAUACAAGCAUGCCUGCAUUACAGUUCGGUGAUCAACUACCAGCCUGGUUUGAAAACCUUAACUUGUCCUAUUGCGAGUAGAGCAAAGCCGGGUCGCCCGUGGAGAGAUCGAUGGUAUGAAGACCAUAAUGAAGAAUGGAGAAAGGGCUGGAUGCGAUCAAAAGAUGCCGAUUGCGAAGCAGACGAGUUUCCACCAGCUGCCUUUAACCAAGGUAGUCUCGUUCCACAGCAGUACAUUCGCUUCAAUCCUGGGUCACAAAACGCAGGUGCAGGCUCCAUAUUUGGAUUGCGAUUCUGUCAAUUUGACGCCAGUGGCAAGCUGCCUGAAGAUAGAUUGAAUGCAAGAUACGUCAGCGAUCGGGUCGUUGGUGGGUUGAAGCGUAAAGUCUACCACUAUACUGCACGAACAACUCGCAGUAAAGUGGUCAUUGAAUUCGACGCGGCUGUAAGAGAUCCGGACGGCGUUGCCGGACUACAUGACAACCCUUGCUGGCCGGAAAAUCUUGUAGAAGAUCCGGGCUUUGCGCUACUUACGAACGAUCCAUAUUACCUAGGUCACCCAGCUGAAGCAAGAUACGGCAAGAAGAACUAUGGCGGAUUGAUUCCGCAAGAUGUUCUAGAUUCAGCUGCUGCGGCGGGGCAUGCCUCGCGAGCUGGAUAUGAGAAGCGGGACGAUGCUUCGCAUAAUCUGAAUCCUGAUGCGUGGGUUUAUAACGACGGCAACCGUACUCGACGUCUCACGGAUACGGAGCUGCAGGAGAAGUUGGGGAUCCUACGAUGUCGUGCUGCUGAUUGUAAAGACGAGAUGCGGGCUUUGGGAAUAGAGACAGCGAUUGUUGUACAAGCUACGGUGACGGCGCCUUCGCAGCAGAUAGUGGCAUCCACGACGACACAGCUGGCAGCAAGUGUUACUCCCGCUUGGGCUCCUGCUUUGGCUUCUGUUGGGAGUGAUAUUCGUGGGCUGAUGGUUCAACCGAGGGCAACAGGUCAUGUAGAGUCACAGUAAUGGGCAGUGCGAGCGUCUGAGGUUCAAUUGAAUCCUUGAAAGUAGAAAGAAAUUCGAUUGGUCAUUCAUUAUGUUAGUUUCUUACAUAAAGUACUUUCAUACAUAGCAGUCCAAAACCACUUUGAAAUUUCCCUAGAGUCUGUCGG